AUGAAGGCUGAAUACAUCAAUCCGUUCGUGAAAUCGCUGGUGAACGCAUUCGAUACGAUGGUGAACUGCGAGGUUCGCCGCACGGGGCUCUCGCUCAAAGAUCACACAGUGCCGCGACACGAAAUCAGCGGCGUGAUCGGACUCUCGGGCAAUGCAAUCGGCACGGUGGUCUUGAGCCUCUCGAAGGAUGUCGCCCUGCAGGCCGCAUCAACUCUGUUGAUGGCCGAAUACACCGACAUGGAUGAUGACGUGAUCGACGCGGUGGGUGAACUCACGAACGUGGUCGCAGGGGCCGCCAAGGCAGAGCUCGAACAGUUCGAUCUUUCGAUCAGCCUGCCCAACGUGAUCACGGGUAAAGGACAUGAGGUUCGCUUCCCUUCGAACGUCUCGCCGAUCUGCGUGCUGUUCGAGUGCCCCUGGGGAGAACUUUCCCUGGAAGUCGGGCUGGCUGAGGUUACCGUCGGCGCGAUCGUUCUCGCCGGCAGCGGCAUUUGGCUGCAGUUUUUGCCCCUGGCGCGCCGAUAUACGGCCAGCCUUCCACGGCAGCAUCCCAGCGGCAUGCCACUUACGAGCCUCCGCAAAGCCGCCAUCGUGUUGAUGAGUUUACCGGAGGAACAAGCCGCGCAGUUGCUCACGCAGAUGGACCCGCAGUCGGUCGAAGCCGUUUCGAUCGAGAUCGCACGCAUCAGCAACAUCACCAACGAAGACGAAACGGUCUCUGUCACUGAGUUCGCCGAAGCAAACCCCAACGCACUAGGCUCACGCGGUGGUGGUCUCGACUUGGCCAAGAACCUCGUCGAGAAGGCGCUGGGCAAGAACGCCACGGGCACACUCGACAACGUGCGCCAGUCAAUUGAAGCGAUUCCGUUCGGCUUUCUGAAGAAGGUCGACAGCCAGAACCUGCUGACGUUUAUUGUCGAUGAGCAUCCGCAAACCAUUGCGCUGAUUCUUUCGCACUUGCGUCCCCAACAAGCCGCCGACGUGGUGGCGGGGCUGCCGGCCGAUCGGCAACUCGCGGUCAUUCGUCGUGUGGCGAAUAUGGGCCAGACAAGCCCGGACAUCAUCCAUGAAGUGGAGCGAGGGCUGGAGCACCGGAUGUCGAGCGUGAUGAGCCAAUCGUUCGAAAACGCCGGCGGCGUCGACAAUGUGGCCGAAAUUCUCAACGUUACCGAUCGAGCCACUGAGCGCGCGUUGCUUGAAAGCCUGGCCCAGGAAGACCCCGACCUGGUGGAAGAGAUUCGCCGCCUGAUGUUCGUGUUCGAAGACAUCAGCAAGCUCUCGGACAAGGAACUGCAGACGGUACUCAAGAAUGUCGAAAGCUCGCAGUGGGCCCUGGCUCUCAAGGGAGCCAGCGAGGAGUUGAAACAGAAGAUCCUCGGCAACAUGUCAGCACGGGCUUCAGACCUGUUGAAAGAAGAGAUGGACUAUCUCGGUCCGGUGAAAGUUUCGGCCGUCGAACAGAUGCAGCAGCAGAUUGUCGAUGUCGUACGCAAGUUAGAGGAUGCCGGCGAGGUGGUGCUCGGCGGUGGCGACGAAGACGAAGAGCUGAUUCAGCACAUCUCGGGCCUUGAGAGUUCGUCGGCCCUUCUGCUAGCAUUCGCCGACUUCUCCGUGGCGACAACUCCAAUGAUGCAGCAGUACGAGCAGGCCAAGAACGCCUGCCCUGAGGCAUUGUUGCUGUUUCGCAUGGGUGACUUCUACGAGCUCUUCCACGACGACGCCAAGACGGCCGCCAAGGUGCUGGGGCUCACACUCACUAGUCGCGACAAAAGCGAAAACCCGGUGCCCAUGGCAGGGUUCCCCCACCAUCAAUUGGAGAGCUACCUAGGCAAGUUGGUCACCGCGGGGCAUCGGGCGGCGAUUUGCGAUCAGGUUGAAGACCCCAAGGCGGCCAAAGGCCUGGUCAAGCGCGAGGUCACGCGGAUUGUCACGCCGGGCACCGUGACCGACGAUGCCCUGCUCGACCCACGGGAGAGCAACUACCUGGCGGCAGUGGUGCCGGGCGAGAACUCGGGGUUGGCCUGGGUCGAGCUUUCCACUGGGCGGUUUCAGGCCGCCACGUUCGUCACCUCGGCUCUCCGCGAUCAACUCGCACGGGUGGCCCCCUCGGAAUGCCUCAUCGCCGAGGGUUCGGAAGAAGCAUCUUUAAGCACCGGCAACGGGUGCGCUGUUACCAGGCGUCCCACGUGGACAUUCGCGUUAGACGGAGCGUGGAAGUCGCUGACGAAACACUUCGGAACCGCGUCGCUCGAGGGCUUUGGGUUUGAUCGCGAUCGGGAUUCCGCCGCGAUUCGCGCUGCCGGGGCAGUACUCGAUUAUCUGGCUGAGACACAAAAGUCGGGACUGGCUCACGUCGACCGGUUGAUUCCGUAUCGCGCCGGCGAAACGCUGGAGAUCGACGAGACCACCCGUCGCAGCAUGGAGCUGACGCGAACGAUUCGCGAAGGAACGCGGGAGGGCUCGCUGCUUUCGGUGAUCGACCGCACGGUCACGGCGAUGGGAUCGCGGAUGUUGGCCGACUGGAUCGCUAACCCUUUGGUCGAUAUCGAAGCGAUCGACGCUCGACUCGACGCCGUGGAAGAGUUAUUGGGCGAGUUGAAGCUAUCGACCGACCUGCGAGAAACCCUCGAUCAGGUUUACGACCUGCAGCGACUGCUGGCCCGCACUACGACCGGUCGGGCAAGUCCCCGCGAUUUAAGUUUCCUCGGUCGCACGCUGCGGUUGCUGCCCCACGUGAAGGCCAAGCUUUCGGCCCGACGUAGUGCGAAGCUGUGCGAUCUCGAGUCGCGGCUUGACCUUUGUCCCGAUGUUCGCAAGCGGUUGGACGAAGCCCUGGCCGACGAGUGUCCGCUGACCACACGCGAAGGUGGAAUCAUCCGUGAGGGUUUCCACGAAGAACUCGAUCGGCUGCGAAGUCUGGCGAAAGGCGGCAAGCAAUGGAUUGCCGAAUAUCAGGCUCACGAGUCGGAGAAGACGGGCAUCCCGAACUUGAAGGUCGGCUUCAACAAGGUGUUCGGCUAUUACCUGGAAGUGACGAAGGCUCACGCCGACAAGGUGCCGGCCGAAUACAUCCGCAAGCAGACAAUCAAACAUGCCGAGCGGUUCAUAACGCCGGAGCUGAAAGAAUACGAAGAGAAGGUGCUCAGCGCCGACGACAAGUCGCAGGAAUUGGAAUACGAACUGUUCAUGGAGUUGCGUGAUGCAGUAGCCCUGCAGGCGACGCGGAUCCAGCGAACGGCCGAUGUGCUGGCCGAGAUCGAUGUUUUGGCCGCCUUGGCGGAGUUGGCUCGCGACCGAGGGUAUUGUCGACCGCGAAUUGUCGAAGAGCCGGAGCUGUCGAUCGUUCAGGGGCGCCACCCGGUACUUGAUGCCGUGGAGGCCGCGGGCACGUUCGUCCCUAAUGAUGUGGAGGCCGGUGGUGAUCGACCCGUGCUUCUAUUGAUCACCGGCCCCAACAUGGCGGGCAAGAGCACCUACAUCCGCCAGACGGCACUCAUCACGCUGAUGAGCCACAUCGGCAGCUUCGUGCCCGCCCAAGAGGCGACCAUCGGGCUGACCGACCGGAUUUUUGCCCGCGUUGGUGCCAGCGAUGAGUUGGCGCGGGGUAAGAGUACGUUCAUGGUCGAGAUGACCGAAACGGCACACAUCCUCAACGCGGCCACCCGACGCAGCUUGAUCAUCCUCGACGAGAUCGGCCGCGGCACGAGCACCUACGACGGGCUUUCGCUGGCUUGGGCCGUGGCCGAGUAUCUGCACGACCGCGUGGGCUGCCGUACGCUGUUUGCCACGCAUUAUCACGAGCUUACCGAACUGGAACGCUCGCGUUCCGGCGUGGGAAACCUGAACGUUGCCGUGAGGGAAUGGGACGACCAGGUGAUCUUCUUGCACCAGAUUGUGCCGGGGUCGGCCGACAAGAGCUACGGGAUUCACGUCGCACGACUGGCCGGUGUGCCGUCAGAGGUGAUCGAACGGGCGAAAGACAUUCUGGCCCAACUCGAAGAAGAACAUAUCGACGCCUUAGGCGAGGCUAAGAUCGGCAAGCCUGACAAGAAGCCCAGCGGCCCCAUUCAGCUCACUCUGUUUGGUGUCAAUGAUCAUCCACUGUUGAGCAAGAUUCGCGAGACCGACAUCAACCGGCUCGCCCCGCUCGAUGCCCUGACGCUGAUUCAGCGGUGGCAAGAAGAGCUGGCAGACGAGAAGCCCGCGAAGCCGCGGUAG